AUGGCAAUCAAAAAACUCGACCCCCUGGUGAUCAACAGGAUUGCCGCUGGAGAGAUCAUCAUCCAGCCAUCGAACGCGCUCAAAGAGUUACUCGAGAACUCGAUAGACGCUGGUGCUACAAGUGUCGACAUUCUUGUCAAGGAUGGCGGCUUGAAACUUCUACAGAUCACAGAUAACGGCUGCGGUAUUGCCGUGGAGGAUAUGCCUUUGCUUUGUGAACGAUUUGCUACAUCGAAGCUCUCGCUGUUCGAUGAUCUUGAAAGUUUGGCCACUUACGGGUUUCGUGGCGAGGCAUUGGCGUCCAUUUCGCACAUUGCAAGGUUGAGCGUGGUGCUGAAGACCCCAGGGUCUCAAUUGGCUUAUAAGGCGUUUUAUACGGGCGGUCAAUUGGCCACACCAAAGUUCAAAGUGGAAAGCAGCGACAAGACUGCUCCUAGACCGGUUGCCGGAAAAGACGGAACACAAAUCACCGUGGAGGAUUUAUUCUACAAUGUUCCCUCCCGUCUUCGUCUGAUGAAACUGAAGCUGGACGAAUUUGCUCUGAUCUUGGACGUUGUGGGCAAGUACGCAAUCCAUACUGAUGGUGUGGGGUUCAGCUGCAAGAAAUUUGGGGAGUCGACACCAGCUUUAGCCACGAGACCACAGGCAGCGCUCAAAGAGCGCUUGCGAACUGUUUUUGGCGUGAGUGUGGCCAGUGAUAUAAUUGAGUUCUCGAAGGACGGUCCCUUGGAAGAGUACGGGCUUGCCAAAGUCAGCGGAGCCAUUACUGGACUAAACUACAACAACAAAAGAAGAGCCAUACCUGUGUUUUUCAUAAAUAACAGGCUUGUGACGUGUGAUCCUCUCAAAAGGGCUCUUCUCUCCUUAUACCUGGUAUUUCUACCUAAAGGCAAUUAUCCGUUCUUCUACUUGAGUUUGGAGAUCAAACCACAAAACGUUGAUGUCAACAUUCAUCCUACGAAGCGUGAAGUACGCUUUUUACACGAGGAAGAGAUCAUUGAGUGGAUUACGGGCCUUGUUCACGAUACGCUUUCAUCACACGACACUUCACGAACAUUCAAACAAAGCACGUUCAAGAGAGUCACUGAGGGUGUUGACGAUGUGGCCACCCAGGCGAAGAAGUAUAGACAAGAGAAUAAGCUUGUUCGAGUUGAUGCAUCUCAACCUAAACUAGAGGCUUUUGUGUCCAAGGAACCCCGGAGCAUUACCAGCAUUUUAGACGAGGCAAGACACACGGAGGAUGAAGCAAGUGAGAGCUCUCAAGAAACAGAGCGAAAAGAGAUUGAUCUUGACAGUAUCAGAGAGCUUCGUCAAGAAGUGCGAGAUAAAGUGGACCGUCCCCUUACCAACGUGUUUAAUAAUUUGGUGUAUGUGGGAGUGGUGGAUAGCACGCGAAGACUUUGUUGUUUCCAAUACGAUGUAAAACUUUUCUUAUGUGACUACGCUGCCGUGCUUGCGGAAUUUUACUACCAGGUUGGCCUCACUGAGUUUGCAAACUUUGGCCGCUUCAUACUUGAGCCAGCCAUGCUGUUGGAGGAGAUAUUGAGCCCCCUCUAUGAUAAGCGCACUGACCUCGUUCCCCGCCAGGAUGUUGUGUCUACUAUUACUUCUAUGACCGAUAUGUUCAGAGAAUACUUCCAAAUCGACGUGAGUGAAGGAAUACUUCGUUGCGUGCCCUUGCUCUUGGCCGGCGCAGAACCAGCCCCAUCGAAGUUGCCUUUUUUCCUCUACAGGUUAGGCACGAAAGUCGACUACCUGAACGAGAAAAUCUGUCUUUCACAAAUCUUACACGAGUUGGCCCUUUUGUACGUUCCACCACCAGUGGACCAAAUCCACUGCAAUCCCAUAAGCGAUCUGCUAGAGAACUUUGUGUUUCCCCAAGUGAGACUGCGUCUCGUUGCCCCUGCAACGCUCAUGGACCAUAUUGUCCAGUUAGCCGAUCUCCCGGGCCUUUACAAAGUAUUCGAAAGAUGCUAA